AGACAGAAUGGUAGUUUUGAGGAAGCAUUUCGGAGCAUGAAAGUGAUCAAGAUCCAAACGAGGUCAAGCAGUGGAGAGAGGAUCUUAAGGCUUCUGCAGAUUUGUCUGGCCGGGAUCUUCUAACCACGGCCGACAGGUGUGAAGGGGUGUUUAUCGAGAAAAUUGUUGGGGAUGUCAAGGGACUACUGAAAACCACAGACUUUAAAGAAGCCAAGCACUCAGUUGGAAUGGCUUUUCGCGUGCAAGAAUUCAGUACUAAAUACUUAGAUGUUGGAGGUUCACCUGAUGUUCAAAUAAUUGGAAUUUGUGGUAUGGGUGGUAUAGGUAAAACAACGCUUGCGAGAGCCAUUUUUAGCAAAUAUCAUCAUAGUUUCAACAGUCAAUGUUACCUUGAAGAGGUGAGUAAAAAGAAAAAUAUGGUUGGUCUGCAAGAACAACUUCUUCGAGAUAUUUUAAAACAACCUGACAUUAAGGUAAGCAGUGUUGCCGAAGGGACCAAUGAGAUAGAGAAAAGACUUGGAAGCAUGAAGGUACUCAUCGUGGUUGAUGACAUAGAUGAUGCAGACCAGUUAGAUGAGUUGGCGAUAGAACACAAAUCGUUUGGUCCAGGAAGUAGGAUUAUUAUAACGACAAGAGAUGAACAAGUGCUGAAUAUACAAAAGGUGGAUAAAAGAUAUAAGGCACAAGCAAUGACAAAGAAAGAAGCUCUUAAGCUCCUUAGUUGGCAUGCCUUUGGAAAUGAUUAUCCCGAUAAAGAAUAUAUUGAAUUGGCAAGAGAUAUUAUUGAUUAUUGUGGAGGAUUGCCCCUUGCUCUAAAAGUUGUUGGUCGUUUGUUGGCUACGAAAAAGAGUAAAACCAUAUGGGAAAGUACAUUGGAUAAAUUAAGAAAUAUUCCAGAUGGAAAAAUUCAUGAAACGCUUAAAUUAAGUUACGAUGGGCUACCUGAUGAUCAUGUGAAGGGUGUGUUUCUUGACAUAUCUCAUUUCUAUAUUGAAACAGAUAAAAGUAUCACCACAGCAAUAUUGAAUGAUUGUAGCAAUUUUCGUGUAGAAGCAGAAAUUACCACACUCUGCGAUCGUUGUCUCUUAUAUAUUGGUAAAGAUAAAACAUUGAGAAUGCAUGAUUUGAUUCGAGAUAUGGGAAGAGAAAUUGUGCGGGCAGAAUCUCCUGUGGAAUUAGGAAAACGUAGUCGAUUGUGGCAUAAUGAAGAUGCAAAAAGCGUGCUAAGGAACGAAUCUGGAACAGAAGCAGUUGAAGGACUAAAGUUACUUUUGCCAGAAGAUUCUGAUGAGGAGCAAAGCUUCAGUACAGAAGCGUUUAAGAAGAUGCGGCGUCUGAAAUUUCUCCAGCUGGGAAAUGUAAAGCUGACUGGAAGCUACAAACGUCUUUCCAAGGAGUUAAGAGCGUUGUCUUGGAUUGGAUUUCCUCUUGAAGCCAUACCAGCAGAUUUCGAUCAACGAAAACUAGUUUGUAUGUUAUUGAGGCACAGCAAGAUCGUACGAGUUUGGGAGGAUUCGGACCUGUUGCCUAAGAAGUUGAAGUAUCUCUUUCUUAAAGACUGCCAUCACCUGACUGAAUUACCAGACUUUUCAAAACUCCCACAUCUCGAGAUAUUGAUCCUCAGUGGCUGUAAGGGUUUGUGUGGGGGUUACCAUUUUUUAGCACAACUGAAGAUGAUUGAGGUAUUAAAACUCAACGACUGCAAAAUAACAGAUGGUGCCGUUCUCAAAAUAAUUGGGAGUCUAUCUUCUUUAACAUACUUAGAUCUAGGUGGGAAUGGUUUUAAUAGGCUACCCAUUCUCAGUGGCCUUUCUCAGCUUCGGGAAUUACGUCUAAAUUAUUGCACAAACCUUCAGGCAAUCUCAGAUUUGCCGAACAGUUUGCUUAAACUGAAAGCGAAUUACUGCACUGCACUGGAAAUAAUGUCUGACUUUUCAGAGAUGUCAAAAAUGAGGAAAUUGGAACUGAAAGACUGCCGCAAACUCAAAGAUAUUCCAAACUUGGAGAACUCAAUGGACUACAUGGAUUCAAUUCAUAUGGAUGGGUGUACCAGUCUCACUGGUACUUUUAAGGAGAAACUUCAAACGAAAAAUGCAUUUGGUGGAAUUUCUCUCUCUGGAAAUGAUAUUCCUAACCGGUUAGCCUAUGUCGCGAGAAAGGGUGAAACUGUCAAAUUUAAAGUGCCGCCAAGUAUUGAUUAUAUAGGAGGGUUGGCUUUGGGCAUCGUUUAUUCUUCAGACAACUCCGACUCUACUGGGUCUCUAUACAUUGAUUUUGCUAAUCUUGCCCAGCGAACUUAUUUUCGCAUAUGCCCAAUGGAGGCCAUCGUAACAGCUUCCCAUGAAGAUUAUCUUUGGUUGGGAAAUCUUUCAAACAAGAAGCUCAAUCUGAAAGGCGGCGACACGAUUCAUGUAAGAGCAAAAUUUUAUGAAGGAGAUAAUAGAAUUAAGGUGAACAAAACAGGAGUCAAUAUUGUAAAAUGGGAUUUGUCUGAUGGUCGUACUAAUUGGAACACCUAUGUGACUAUGCCAUAUGAGUCGUACGAAGACACUACUAUGUCAUAUGAGUUUGAUGAAGACACUGAUGACGAUAUACAGUUGAGCAAUCGCCAUGUUUUCCUUUGCUACAAGACCCCUGAGGCCUGGCCAUGGAGCAUCGAAGGCUCUGAGUCCGAUCCACUCCCUAAGUUCUUCGGCUCCGCUCUCAAAACUAGCAAGAACGACAUCACCGUUAAGACGUUGCUGACAGUAAUUGAAGGACGCGAAGGAACUGAGUUUUCCGACGGCGAUGUGUUGAUUUUCCCACAAAUGAUCAAAUACAGGGGCUUGAAAGAGUCGGAUGUGGACAGCUUUGUUGAUGAUGUCCUUGUGAAUCACAAAUCAUGGGCUUCCGGAGUGCAAGAACCGUUGACUGGCUCCCAUGUAUUUGUAUGUACACAUUGUAGUCGAGAGGAAUGGAAUCGUGAUGGUGCACGUGUUCUCAUUGAUAAGUUCGAAGAGGAGGCUGAGCUGCGAGGAUUGACGAAUCAGUUAUUUGUUACUGCUUGCUAUCACACUGGAGGCCACAAUGGAAACUUGAUUAUCUACAGCCCAGGUUCAGAUGGAAGCAUAACAGGCCAUUGGUAUGGCUACGUCACUCCUGCUGAUGUGCCGGAAAUGCUUGAUCGGCAUAUUGGGAAGGGAGAGAUCAUACAACGACUUUGGAGGUUUGUGUAUUUUUGUGCAAGCCCUCAGAACAGUUUAUAUUCUGCCUCUCUGUAUUGUGAAGCCAAGCAGAGUUUCACCAAUACAGAAGUCAGUGAAUGUAUCAGCAGUGUGGAGAAGUCUUUUGAAAGCAGCGAAGUUACUAAUUCCUGUGAUCUUAUUGAGAGCAGGACGACCAGUAUCUAUAGAGGCAGCACUGGCAGUGAUGUUAGCGAUGAGAGCAGCUCCAGUAGUUUAGGCAAUGCCAUGUAUAAGCCCCACAAGGCAAACGAUAUUAGAUGGGAAGUGGUGCAAGCUGCACGAUCUCAUCAUAAUGGAACACUGGGUAAGGAGCAUUUCAAGUUGCUGAGGACACUGGGAUGUGGAGAUAUAGGCAGCGUUUAUUUGGCUGAACUGAUUGGCUCUGAAACAUAUUUCGCCAUGAAGGUUAUGGAUAAAGCAUUACUGGCAAGUAGGAAAAAACUUCUUAGGGCUCAGACAGAGAGGGAAAUACUGCAGUCUCUGGAUCAUCCCUUCCUGCCAACAUUGUAUACACACUUUGAGACGGAGAAGGUAUCUUGUUUGGUGAUGGAGUUUUGUCCUGGGGGUGAUCUGCAUGCACUCAGACAAAAACAACCUGGGAAGCAUUUUUCGGAGCAUGCUGCUAGGUUUUAUGUGGCUGAAGUUCUUCUUGCCUUGGAAUAUUUGCAUAUGCUCGGGAUCAUUUACAGAGACCUCAUACCAGAGAAUGUUUUAGUGAGGGAAGACGGACAUAUAAUGCUUUCAGAUUUCGACCUUUCUUUAAGAUGCUCCGUUUCCCCCACCCUGGUAAGAUCUUCAAACUUAGGUUUGGAGACAAAGAAAUCAGCAUAUUGUGUUCAGCCUGCAUGCAUCCAGCCGACUUGUGUAAUGCAGCCGGAUUGCAUUACGCCCGCAUGUUUUGGUCCACGCUUUUUCAAGGGCAAACCCAAGAAAGAUAAAAAUACCAAACUGAAGAAGAAUGACAAUGAUGUAUACAAUCAAGUGAGCCCUCUCCCUGAACUCGUUGCAGAACCGACAAGUGCUAGAUCAAUGUCCUUUGUGGGAACACACGAGUACUUGGCGCCUGAAAUCAUUAAAGGUGAAGGCCAUGGCAACGCUGUGGAUUGGUGGACCUUAGGGAUCUUUCUCUACGAGCUUUUGUUCGGAAGAACACCAUUCAAGGGGGAAGGAAACCGGGCUACUCUGUUUAAUGUGGUUGGCCAGCCUUUAAGAUUUCCAGAGUCGCCUUCUGUCAGCUUUGCAGCUAGGGACUUGAUCAGAGGUUUACUUGUCAAGGAGCCACAGCAUCGUCUUGCGUAUAGGAGGGGAGCAACAGAAGUUAAACAACAUCCGUUUUUCCAAAGCGUGAAUUGGGCACUAAUUCGCUGUACAACUCCACCCCAGGUGCCAAAGCACUACAUAUUGGAGACUCCUGGCACACCGAAAGAACCAAUAAACGGGAAGAUGCCGGGCGUUGAUUUGAAGCCUUCGGUUAAUUGUUUAGAGAUUGAUUUCUUUUGAUUCUUAGCCUUUGUUUUCCUCUGAUGAAAAACGAGUCCCCAACUGAUUCGUGUGGAUGCCUACUUUGAAAAACCCGAUUACGUAUCGUCCGUCUUUCGACCUUACAUUGCUCGGAACAGUCGAAUAGGUCCGGCGAACAAGAUGUUUUUCGAUUAGGGUUGUAAUUUGACACUGCUAAGUACAAUUUAUUAACUUACUUUCAACAUAAUU